AUGCCUCGACAGACGACAUUCUCUACCCCGGCCCCGCCUGGGCGCCGUGAACUGUUCAUUAACGUCGAAAGCUCUUCGCCAACAUCAGAGGGUUUCGACAGACACGAUGCUCCAAGGACGGCGACCGGUCUUAUGGAAGUCCGGGAGCAGAAGCUUAUGUCGAAGCUUGGCUUUUCGUUCUUUCUUUUUGGUUUAAUCAACAACGUCCUGUAUGUUAUCAUCCUUUCGGCAGCUCUUGACCUCGUUCCACCUCAGACGCCAAAGGGGAUCAUCGCCUUCUGCAAUAUCACCCCCUCCCUUAUCGCCAAAGUCGCGUGGCCUUACCUUCUCAAAGGACGAAUACAAUAUGCUCGGAGAUUAGUGGGCUGCUGCAUACUCAGUUGCUUGGGAAUGCUGGUUGUCGCGAUAUUUGAAGGCCUAUAUCCGAGGUUACUGGGUAUCUGCUUCGCGUCGUUCUCCUCAGGCCUCGGCGAGUUGACCUUCCUGCAACUAUCUACAACCUACUCUCCUCCUUACGUCGCGGGUCACGCUGUCGGGUACUUUGCAUCCGGAACUGGCGCCGCGGGUCUCGUUGGGGCGUUCCUAUGGUGGGAGGUCCGUGGUCUUGGAGUUCGACUCGGGGUUGGAAUGUCUGCGGUCAUGCCCAUUAUUAUUCCCCUCACCUACUUCUUCCUUCUCCCACACAGCUCCGCAUUCCUGCAUGCCAUCACCCCCACUAUUUACGACGAAGCAUUUAGCCCUGCGCCUGCCUUGUCAGCUUUGCCUUACACUCCUGUAGCUUUGGAUGAUGAAGAUGGAGAGGAAGAAGGCACACAUGCACCAGGUCCCAACAAGUCGAUCCAUCUGACUAUCAACGACAAGAUUCGCCUUGUCAAGCCGCUGUUGCUCAAAUACAUGCUACCAUUGUUUGCUGUAUACCUUUUCGAAUAUACCAUCAACCAGGGUGUCAGUCCGACAUUGCUAUACAACAUUCCAGACCCAGAAAAGCACUGGUUCCUCAGCAAGGUCAUCACGUCCCUUCGCGACUACUACCCACUAUGGCAGUUGGUUUAUCAAACAUUCGUAUUCUUCUCUCGGUCUACGAUUUCACUCGGUAUCCCAGCCCUACCAGCGCGUUUCCUUGCUUUACCAUCAAUAGUGCAGGGAAUCCUCUUUGUGACGCUGACGUAUGAAGCAGCUGUCGGUUUCUUCCCUCCACAGGAGGACGAAACGCGGAGCAUCACAUUCGUGUUCCUGCUCAUCUGUCUUGAGGGUAUCUGUGGUGGACUGGCAUACGUGAACGUAUUCUACCACAUCAACCACGAACCUCCCGAACCCAGCACACGCAACAACGACAUCGAACUUACCCGGCAAGAACGCGAAUUCAAGAUUGGCUCGAUAGGCUUCUCCGAUUCGACGGGUAUCUUGUUGGCGUCGAUUCUAGCCGUGCCUACCGAAAUCCAGUUGUGUAAGGCGCAGGUGGCGAGAGGGAGAAUGCUUUGCAAGAGUCUAUGA